AGGGGAGGGACGCGUCCAAGGGGGGUCCGAGGGGGGAACGGAGGCUUGGGAUUUUGCAUCCAUGGCCGGGGAAGGCGAAUCGGUCCGUUCGGGAGGCGAAUCGGUCCGUUCGGGAGGUCAGCGGAUUGUCGCUGUGGAGCGCAGGGGCGAGGGCGUCGACCGACGGGCGGCGCACCAGGAGCCCCUCGCUGGCGCGGUAGGUCACGGAACGACGGGUCGAGCCCCUCCGCCAAGCGAGGCGGCGGUCGAGACGGUGAGCGGUGGGCGUGGCGGAGUACGGCCGACACUACGUGCUGCGGCAGCCCGCGGAGUCGCAGGAGGCGCGGUGGAGCGGCUGCGCUUGGACGCGACGGCGAGGCUGGCCGGGCACGCUGUCGUCGAGAUAGGCACGCAUGUCGAGAUCCUGGGUUCGCAGAGGAGGGUUCGUGUGGAUGCGGUCGAGUACGACGGCUACCCGGACGCCGAGCGUCUCCUCUCGUCACGGGAUCAAGUGAGACUGAGACGGAGAGCUCUGU